UCUCACCUGCUCUUGUUACCGUACCCACCAAUACGUCAUCGUCCAUGUUCACACUCAUAUCAUACGGAGGGUCUCAUUGUAACGACAUGAGCGACAGUGAAUGUACCCGCUUCUCCACGGAUAUUUUCCAGAUCACCAUCGACAGAUCAGACACAACAGUGCCUGCCAAAUGGAUAAAAUCGGAACAGUUAGCAAAUGCUCGCUCUCCAAGCCCCAGGUCAAAUCCCACUCUAUUUUCCACAAGUGAUUCCGAUUUAUUGCUGUUCGGGGGAGUGGAAGCACAUGAACAUUCCCAAUCCAUCCAGUUGCGAAUGUUAAAAGAUUUCUGGAUCUUCAAUAUUGAACAAGGUACAUGGACUGAACUGUCAUCAGAUUUCCCGCCUUUGUACUUUUUGCCUCCUGGUGACGAUAUGGACAUUAUGAGAGAGUUUUACAAUAACUUACAGGCUGCGUAUCUUAGUGACUACCGAGCACUGAUUGUGGCAUACUCUGUGCCGUUUGGGCCCUUUCCCCUGUAUCUAUGUGCGCUGCCACCCCAAGACGUAGGUCGAGUUCACUGCGAAGCGAAAGGAAAACUAUCGACAUUAUUCCCUAUGUCAUAUCCGUACGAGAUGCCUUGGUUUUCAUUGUUAUCCAGCCACUCAAAUGAAUUUCACAUUGUGUUUCAUGGUAAAGAAAGUAAAAAGAGUUUCAUUGUGGAGCAGGACUUCCAAUCUCAACGCAAUACGUCACAGCUAACGAUCACGCAAAAGCUAGACAUUGAUGUUCGAAGUCAGUUUCCAGGCUUUCAGGGCUGCUUUAAUGCACGGCCUAUGUCUGUAUCGCUUCGGCUAAACACCACAUCAAUAAUAGCAUAUGUGUUUGUUGGGUCGCAUUGUCCAGCUCAUUCAGCUGGUAGUAACAUUCGAUUUACUCGAUCUGAGAGACCGUCUCUUGUUGUUUGGCUCCUAUUGUACAACAAGUUCGAACCCUCCACUAUAGUGGCAAAGUAUCCUUCACCUUCACCUUUGCUGUCGAGGAGCAAUGGCCACACACUCACAUCCGUGGGACCAUACAUGGGAAUUCUCUUUGGAGGUUACCAGAUAACAGACAAAAGCAUAGGUUAACCAGAUUCCACUUGGUGUAUGUAUAUCAAGUUUGAUUACUUGGCUCAAGAUUCCGCAAUCUACUGGCGAUUCCUUACCACAUAUCCCUUCCCGAACAAGCCAAUGGCUCGAAGUGAGCAUGUCGCAUUUCUUCACAAGAACAACAACUUGUUGAUACAAGGUGGUGCAGACAUCGCCCAAUUCAAAGUUUACAGUGACUUGUGGAUAUUGCAGGUGACAGACGAACAGUCAUGCUACGGUAAAUGGAUCGAACUGACUGAUAAUGUUUUUGGUGAGAAACUCCCUCAUCGCUACGGGCAUUCUGCCACGAUGUAUGGUGAUGAUAUCAUUCUGUUUGGUGGUAAUGACGUAAUCGCUGAAGACAAUGGCUUCAGAACCACCCGUGAUAAUGUUGAAAGGUUCAUGACAACCGAUGACGUGUUGCUAAUGGCGAUCAAGAACCUAUCGUUUAUACAUCUGCGCAAGAUCCAUUUGUCACGUCCGCUUCCCUUGACAUGCUAUCAUUCCCUGUCUCAGUACGCGUUCAAUUCCCUUUUACUACUUGGCGGAUUGUUUUCUCGCAGACGGCUUUAUACGUAUUACAAAGACACCAGCCAAGCAUUUCUUCUUCAAUUUCGUGAAGAUACAGUGAACAAGACAGUGAAAGUGAUUCCCUAUUUCAAUUUCACCAUAUUUGGCCAUUAUGUGAUCGACAAUUUCGUCUUCUCCGGUGGGUUUGCGUAUGACUUGGAUCAUUAUACGCCAGCAGUAGGUUUUCUGUUUGUGAAUGUCUCGGGAAACUGUCCCCUGGGCUAUGGGUUCUCGGACCAUCGUACCUGUCAGCCCUGUCCUGUAGGGUAUUACUCGUCCGCUAUUGGAGAGGAGUGUCGGAGAUGUCCUGGUGAUUUAACGACACCAGGCAUUGGAGCCUGGAAAUGCGAUACCAUAUGCAAGGAUAACUACUGCCAUGGCCACGGUACAUGCAUGGUGGACAGGGAUGACAAGAAGUAUUGCAAGUGCAAGUUUGGAUACCUGCCUGCCGACAACUGCCGUACACCCACAGUCUAUCUUUCUCAGGUGGCCGCCGUUAUUUUCUCCUUGGUACUUUCUUUGUGCAUUACGUUCCUAGUGAAGUUCAUUCGAAAGCAUCGUGACUUGAGGAAUACGGAGAAACAGAUGCAAAUCCAACAUGUUCAUCUCCAAAGGUCACUGAGGAAACUUGCGGAACUGAAUCGGGGAGCGCGAAUGCAAUGGACCGACAUAACCAUCAGCAAACGACUCGCUUCGGGCACCUACAGCAAGGUGUAUAUUGCAAAGCUUAGUGACAUGGAUGUUGUUGUCAAGAAACUUCCCAAGCGUUUCAAUCGCACGCGAUGGCGUACAUCACCUUUUGACAUCUUCUUGGAAGAGGCUGAGACACUGCGUUCAUUGCGCCACCCAAAUAUUGUGCUCUUUCUUGGAGCAGGCCAGGACACAGCAGACAAUUGCCCAUUCUUGGUUAUGGAGUACUUGCGACGAGGUUCUCUCUACGACAAUCUCCAUGACCCAGGAAUUCAACUAGAACAAGAGGAUAUGCUCCGGUUUGCUAAGGACAUCGCUCGUGGUAUGCGAUAUUUGCAUAGCUCCAAUCCUCCACAGAUUCACCGUGAUCUAAAGAGUCCAAACCUAUUGGUCAGUGACAAGUGGGUGGUGAAAAUCGGGGACUUAGAGUAUACCAGAUAUCUUGCCCUACUGGACAGUGAAGAUCGUCCGCAAUCUGGCCGGGAAUCCAGCAGCGAUGCCCAACCCAACGCUCAGGCGGCAAGCGGUAUAACAUUACAGCAGAACUCAACGGCACACAGCUGCGAAAGAGAGACUCUGAUUCAAUCAACGGUUUCUGAAUGCCGAGAACGUUCACCGUCAAUACACCACAGCAGCGGAGAAGUCGCAAUUCCACUUCUGUGCAUCACGGACCAGACUCAAUCUGACAAUACGAUCUCUGGAAAUGCUGGUCCCAUCGUAACUAUGACAACAGACGACGCAGAGAGUACACUCAGUCCCUGUUUCACGGCCUCACAGCUACCAUCGCGAGUUGGAAUGACGUGUGGUGUGGGGACUGACAGAUGGAGAGCUCCAGAGACACUGACUGAGAAUAGUUACACUGUUAAGUCGGAUGUGUACAGUUAUGGCGUAGUUCUGUGGGAGAUAUCUACUCGUCAGCUUCCCUACCCACAUUUGACAUUCCCGGAGGACAUCCAUCAAGAGAUCCUGGAUGGUAACACGCCAGUCUUCCCUCCCACCACUCCCUACCCAUACCGUCAUCUGGCUGAGAAAUGCAUGAGCGAUGAAGCACGUGACCGGCCCUCAUUCCAACAGAUAUUUCAUCAGUUGGAAGGUCUACAAGAUGCAUGGCAUCCCCAGAUGUACGCGGUGUCUGAAGCGCCUGUGUGGCAUGUUGGCGCAGCAUGACGGCAAGCCCUAGGCUAUGGGCAAGUGAUGGCAUACCUGUGAUGUCGGCUAUCGUUUGCGCUGCUUCGCGCAGCCAUCAUGUUCGUUUAGGAGGAGCGCGCUCGGCGUAUCAUCGCCCUGACAAUGCCUUGCGCCCCUUGGCGAUGGCCGAGAGUAGGUUGUGGGUCGUUACCGGAGGUGUGCCGGAGUUUGAAAUUGUUAAGUACAUUAUGUCACUUCUCAUAGCGUGUUUCCUUUCUGGGAGAGUGUAUGGCAUUCAUAUUUUAUGACCAUAUUAUCACCUUAUCUUAUUCUAUGACAGUGCUCGCUGCAUUGCAUUUAGCAGUGUUUGAGUACUGUAGGGUUCCAAUUUACAUGAUACUAAUAUCACAUUCUUCCUUUCAUGCAAUUGUUUUCAGUGAUUGAAUUGUGUUCUACUCCUAGAUCCUCCAUAAAUUGCAAAUUGUGUUUUGUUUGCCCGUAAAAGAAAUUGACGAUCUGUCGACACGUUGGUGGUACAGCAGCACACUGGGAACUCACCUGUACACCAUGCAGACAGGCAGUGCUCUUCAACGUGACUGACCACGGGCACAGACAGUACAGCCUCUCCAAUUGGCCAAGCAGACUGCACUGCAUACAUGUACAUGUACAUGUACAUGCGCUGAACGGGUCCUGGAUCAUUUUCCCAGUACCCAUAUCGGAUCAUUGUCCUGGUUCCCGUGCACCCCGGGAACCGCCCUACCCUAUGUAUGCCUCUGCCAUUUCAUGGUCAGUAUUAUUCUGCUCUUUCAGGCCCUAGGAAAGUUAAAAAGAAUUUUGAUGUGUAUCAUCUCAUUAAUUUUCUCAAUGAGAAACAACAUAGAGACACCCAGAAUUUAUUCGUUGCUUCUGGUCACCCGACCGACCGUCUUU